GGUUUGCCUGACGUGACCGGGCCGGACCCUGGAAGGCGCUGAGGGGCGCGCAGACUAGGGGCUGGCAGGGACUGGAGACCGCGGCGGCGCCCAGAGGGGAGGGUGAGGCGGCCUUGAGCGAGUGCAGCGCGUGUGGAGAACGCGGGGCCGAGGCGCGGGGACGCGGCGGCGCGGCUGCCGGCUGGAUGGGAAGUUAAUGUUUACGGCGAAGUCCACCCCAGGUUUCCAAGGUGGCGACAGACAAGGUUGCAGAGAAGUUGAGUUCUACUCUCUCAUGGGUAAAGAACACAGUAUCGCAUACAGUCAGUCAGAUGGCCAGUCAGGUGGCAAGUCCAUCUGCUUCAUUACACACUACAUCCUCAUCUACCACACCAUCCACACCAGCUGUUUCACCAGCUUCCCCAUCACAGUUGAGUCCAGACGACUUAGAACUCCUGGCUAAACUGGAGGAACAAAAUAGAUUGUUAGAGACGGAUUGUAAGUCUUUAAGAUCUGUAAAUGGGUCAAGAAGAAACAGUGGGUCCUCUCUUGUAUCGAGCUCAUCAGCCUCCAGCAACCUCAGCCACCUUGAAGAAGAUUCUUGGAUUCUCUGGGGAAGAAUUGUUAAUGAAUGGGAUGAUGUGCGCAAAAAGAAGGAAAAGCAAGUUAAGGAACUUGUUCGUAAAGGGAUACCCCACCACUUUAGAGCAAUAGUUUGGCAACUUCUAUGCAGUGCACAAAGUAUGCCAAUUAAGGAUCAGUAUUCAGAGCUCUUGAAAAUGACCUCACCUUGUGAGAAAUUGAUCCGAAGGGACAUUGCUAGAACUUACCCUGAACAUAAUUUUUUUAAAGAAAAGGAUAGUCUCGGACAAGAGGUUUUAUUUAAUGUAAUGAAGGCAUAUUCUUUAGUGGAUCGUGAAGUUGGUUACUGUCAAGGAAGUGCUUUUAUAGUUGGAUUAUUGCUUAUGCAGGAACAUCUUCCAGAGCUCUUCGUACAUUUUCAAUCUCAGAGUUUUCAUACCUCAAUGUACGCAUCGUCCUGGUUUCUGACUAUCUUUCUUACAACUUUUCCACUACCAAUCGCAACAAGGAUAUUUGAUAUCUUCAUGUCUGAGGGUUUAGAAAUAGUGUUUCGAGUAGGAUUAGCCCUUCUUCAGAUGAAUCAAGCAGAAUUAAUGCAACUUGACAUGGAAGGGAUGUUACAGCACUUUCAGAAGGUCAUUCCACAUCAGUUUGAUGGUGGUCCAGACAAAUUAAUCCAAGCAGCUUACCAAGUUAAAUACAACUCAAAAAAAAUGAAAAAAAUGUCACUAAAGUUCAUGGUUAGCAUAACCAGCAAGAGGUUACGCACUGAAAAUAGACUAUUGAAGCAGCGCAUUGAAACAUUAGAAAAAGAAAGUGCUUCCUUGGCAGAUAGAUUGAUACAGGGACAAGUGACAAGAGCCCAGGAGGCUGAGGAAAACUACCUCAUAAAACGGGAGUUGGCCACCAUCAAACAGCAGAGUGAUGAGGCCAGUGCUAAGCUGGAGCACGCUGAGAAUACCAUCAGGAAGCUCCAGCACCAGCAACAAUGGCACAAAUGCAGUUCCAACUACAAUGAAGAUUUCGUGCUACAGCUAGAGAAGGAAUUGGUCCAGGCCCGACUGAGUGAAGCUGAGUCUCAGUGUGCACUAAAGGAGAUGCAGGAUAAGGUCCUGGAUAUAGAGAAGAGGAACAACUCCUUUCCAGAUGAGAACAACAUUGCAAGACUUCAGGAGGAACUCAUUGCUGUGAAACUUAGAGAAGCAGAAGCCAUUAUGGGUUUGAAGGAACUCAGACAGCAGGUCAAGGAUUUGGAAGAACACUGGCAGCGCCACUUAGCUCGUACUACUGGGAGGUGGAAAGAUCCACCUAAGAAACAUGCUGUGCAUGAGUUACAAGAUGAACUGAUGACCAUUCGACUUAGAGAAGCUGAAACACAGGCGGAAAUAAGAGAAAUAAAACAGAGGAUGAUGGAAAUGGAGACACAGAACCAGAUCAACAGUAAUCAUCUACGAAGAGCAGAACAAGAGGUCACCAAUCUACAGGAGAAGUUGCACUAUCUUUCUGCCCAGAACAAAGGACUCCUUACUCAGUUAAGUGAAGCAAAGCGCAAACAGGCAGAGAUUGAAUGCAAGAACAAAGAAGAGGUGAUGGCUGUGCGACUCCGGGAAGCAGAUAGCAUGGCGGCUGUGGCUGAACUACAGCAGCACAUUGCAGAGCUUGAGAUCCAGAAAGAAGAAGGAAAGCUCCAAGGACAGCUUAGCAAGUCUGAUUCUAACCAGUAUAUUAGGGAACUGAAAGAUCAGAUCGCAGAGCUGAAUCAUGAGCUCAGGUGCCUAAAAGGCCAGAGGAGCUUCUCAGGCCAACCUCCUUUUGAUGGAAUCCACAUCGUCAACCAUUUGCUGGGAGAUGAAGACUCCUUCCAUUCCUCUGAUGAAGAUUUUAUAGAAAAUUCCCUACAGGAAAGUGUCAUUGCUUUUCCUUUGCCUGGGAAACCUGACCCAAUGUCUUUGGACCCCACUGAGGCAGAUGGUAGUGAGAGUGAAACAGAAGACGGUGUGCUAGAAACCCAAGAGCCCAAGAGAGUGGUUGGGAAGGAGCGGCUUCCACACAGAGAAUCAUACUCAACCACUGUCUGACCUUCACUGUGACUUCCACUGGAUUCUCCAAGGAAUCGGUUUCCAUAUGAUUAGGGAGUUUUGGAAUAUAGCUGUUUCAUAUGUACAUAGACAUAUAUAUUUUAUGAUCUUAUCUGCCUUUUAUCUUUGCCAAACUUUCACCACUGAUUUUCCAUUGCCAUAAAGUAGACUGGGAUAUGGUUAAUGGUAAAAUAAGGUUCUAACAGUAUUACUGAUUAUUAAUGUUUCUUGUUUAGUAAAUAAGACUGUAACUCAAUGUGGGGACCAAUUUGAAGUUACAAAACAAUGGAAAACUUUAGUUUUCUUCAGACAAAACUGCUCUUGUGCAAUAUUUUAUGCUGAGUAAACAAAUUGUAUAUUUAUGUUUACCAAUUUGUUUUCAAGAUAGCUUACUAGACAUUUGACCAAGAUAUAUUUGAUUUACCAUGUGUUAUGUUGGAGAUUUUAUUUUCCACUAGUGGACCACUAAUGAACUUUUAGUGGACCACUAAAAGUUCUAAAACACAAAGCUUUUUUCUUUAUAAUUUUAUAAACACAAGCUAAUUGUUACCUGUUUUGAGUUAAGAUUUGUUUUACUUUCUAACUUGUAUGUGUGUAUGAUACUUCCAUGUGUUGGUUACUGUUCAGGUGGUAGGUUAACUACAAAUAAUAUAUUUGUACAUAUUUAUGUCUGUACUACCCAAACAUUGGAUAUGAUUUUAUAUAAAGAAUCUACAUGUUGCAAAAUGACUGCUUUUAGCCUCCUAACAGGACUUCUGUAAAUAAUAGGUUGAAAGAAAUAAAAUCAGACACUAAUAUUUUAAUAGCUCUAGUAUUUUGCUUAGCAUACCACAGUAUUCACUGACUGCUAUUCAGAAACACUGUCAGUGAGAUCUUCAUGUAUAUGUAAUUUAAGCAGUGGACCAAGGGUCCAAGAUGCAAAACAAUUAUGUCUACAAUAACCUGUGAAUAUUAUCUUCAGAUUCUCUUGUUUCUGAUCAAUAGAAAAAGCCAUAAGACUUCUUUCCUAUUAGUUCUUGCUUUUGUAUCAUUUAGACUACACCUCCCAGAAACCUGAAUGCCUGUCAUUAAUAAAUAGUAAGAAAAACCCAAAUUAUAUUUCCCUAUGGAAAGACCACAGGAAUGUGUUGCCUGGAUACUUUCGACUGUCACUGUCAGUGGCAGUCUGGAUAAGAAUAGCCAUAGAGAAUAAGAGGAAUGUAGAAUUCAGUAUGUAUGCAAGUACAGUUUUGCACAGUCUUGCGACACAGGAGAGAGAGAGAGAGAGAGAGCAAAAAAAAAAAAAAGAUGAGCUGGAGUAGAAGAGACCAAAGUAGUAUUCUAUUUACAACCAGACAUAAGGCCUUAUACUACAUUGAUUGUGGGGUAGGCCUUUCCAGAAAGGCCUUAAUAUCUGUUUGCCUGAGAAAUGAAAUUGACGACAUACCUUCUACGUCUGGAGCACCAGGUUAUAAAUUCAGAUCUCUUGGACACCAAAACUUUCAAAAUGGUCUACCUUGAUCCCCUUCUUUCUUCGAGUGAUUUAUGUACCUCUGGUUUAAUUUUUUUUCCUGAAUAUAUGGAGACAAAAUGUGUGCCUAUCAGCACGCUUCAACCCUCUGCAGUUGAGGAAAUAUAGAUCUACUCCUGGAAGUGACAGCCCUCCUGGAAUCGGGAGUGCUGGGGAUUCGGCUUUUUAAUGUUGUACCAGGAGCCAAAGUGGUCAUUGCUUAAGGAAAAUGAGACAAUGCACAGCUCUGUUACUUCUGUCACUGCCCUCCACCCACCAUAUCAGAAUAUCUGAAUGAAAUGUGGAGUGUAUGUAGUUCAGUGGUUGAGUGCUUGCCUAGCAUCUGUGAGGUCCUGGCUUUGAUUUCCAACACCACC